AAUCUCACUUCCAGCACGGAUACAGAUACGAAUAUUACUACGAGGUGGAGACGGACAUAGGACUGACGCCUUACAAUACAGUGAAGAGUUCGGGGGGCGGGGCCGGUACGAAGCUGUCAUGUGAUCUUGUUUUCCUUGUCCCCAAACAGUGUCAUAUCGUUAUGCAGAUUUCAAACUGUAACUUGCAACAUCGCAACUCUUCACAUCAUUUUACAACAGUUGACAAUUCUGAAAGAUUGGCACAGGAGCUCAGCAGAAAUGACAUUGCUUUUAUGUACAAUGAAGGGGAGGUAGUUAACUACAAAAUAGUAAUUUCUAACUUAGAGCCACUUCACAUUGUGAAUAUGAAGCGUGGAAUGGUCUCACUUAUUCAGCUCAACAUUGAUUUGGACCAAGAAUAUUUAAGUAACACAACAGUGAUGCAGCAUGAUGUGCUAGGCUCAUGCAAGACAGAUGUCAAGUUCUUGGAGAACAAAAGGCAGGAGGUGGUCUCACAUAGGGAUCUUGUUACAUGCAACUUAAGCCAUGUAGACAGCAAACAAUCUGAGUUUCUUUCAUUCAUAAAAACUCUCAAGGGAGGAUAUUCAUUAUCUCCCAUCACAGAGCGGUCAUAUCCAUUUGAAUCAAGCGUGAACUGUCAGUAUUCCUUCACUACCCACAAUAUGUUUAAGACAGCAUACUGCAAGCAGAAACAAUCAUACUCUCCUCUGUCCAGUGAUGAUAAGGGGCAUGGGGCUGCAAUGGCCACUAUUAGCCAAUAUAUGAAGCUAGUGUCCAGAUCAAAGCUUAAGUCUCAGACACAUGAUGGGUCAGUCGUAGAUGAUGGGUCAGUAGUAGAUGAUGGGUCAGUAGUAGAGGACAGCCGCACAGUGGAUCUGGCCAUGGAGUUUGACACUGGCAGAGUAUCUCGCACUGGUCAGGACAUUGAGAGAGAGCUUGAGUUAACCAUCUCUUACUACCUGUCCCAAGGCCAAGAUGACAAAGUGAAACCAGAUUCUGCUCAAAAUUUUAGAAAACUAAUCCAUAUAAUGAGAGAAACCAAGGAGCAAGAAAUCCAUGCCAUUAAGGAUGCCAUUUUUGAAUGCAGACAUUCCUCUCUCUGUCCUAAUGAUAUGUCACAUACAGUUGAACCAAAAAUGUGGCAGUCUAUAAAGGAACGGGUGUUCACAAAUGGCUUGAUGUCUUGUGGUACAGAUGCAUGCCUCAUUGUUCUAGCUGAAUGUUUUAGGGAUCACCAAAUUGACGAAACUGAGGCGCAAAGUGUUUUAUUUAACAUAGGCUUAUUUUAUGACCCUUCUGCUAAAUUUGCUAACAUCAUGCUGAAUUACUGUAAAGAAAAUAGCAAGCCAGACUGCUGGCUGUCUUUAUCAGCUAUGAUAAGUCGACUAAACGAUACCACAGAAAGGAGCAGUAGAAAACAAGAGAUUGGGAAAGUGUUGCAUGAAACAACAAAAACACUUCAUCAAAUGCUUGACAGGUCUUGCCAGAUAAGCAGACUGAAAUUAUCUCCACAUGAAAGUGCUAGAAGGAGUGAUCAGCUGUUAAUUACUCUUAAGGCUAUAACCAACAUAGGAAUGCAUGUGGAAAAAGUAUAUAACAGAUACUUGGAGGAAGACAAAAGUCUUGAUUCGUCUUUGCUGCAAUGUCUAAAAAACAAGCAGCAUCAUGUAACUAUAUCCAGAGCUGCAAUAAAAGCACUUAGUACCAUUGGAAUCAAAUCUACUGUAUGGUAUAAGCUGUUUGGUAUCCUGAAUGAUGACCAAAAGCCCUUGGUUCUUAGAGCUGCUAUUUUUGAUGUUCUGUUGUCACCUCCUGAUGAAGUGUUGUUGAAUGAGCUACUUAGUGUGCUCGACAGGACUAAAAUUGAAAAUAUGCAGUCUUAUAUUGUAUCCAGAAUUUACAACAUAUUGGGCAGCUUAGAUCCAAAAGAAAAAAAGUUACAGGAAGCAAUGAAGAGGGCCCUAGAAAACAGAGUUCUACCAGAUUUUGAUGAAAAUAUACUAUCCAAGUCCCAUUACUCUGAACAUUCAAUCAAUUUUACAGUACCCUUAACAUCAUUGGAAAUUGGAGGAUCCCUAGCUCUAAAUUUUAUCUACACGCCUUCCAGCAACUUGAUACAAAGUCUCACUAUCAGUGUCGAUUGGUUUCUUGAUGACAAGCUUGUCAAACUUGUUGAAAUUACUGUAGACCUUGAAGGGAUUGAUGGGGUUCUUGAACUUAUGACUAAAAUAGGAGAGAAUGGACGCCAUAAUUCCUUUAUGGAGGCUUUUAACAUUUUGGCCAAGUUCAUUAAAUCUGGAGCCAAAUCAGAAAUGCCUAACUUGGCAAGUUUCAGUCACAAAAUUAAAGAAACACUUAACCACAUUUUUCAAGUGGUCAACAUUAAAAAGAACACGUUCCCGCAUGUUUUUAUCUCAUAUAAGUUUAAAGGUUAUGAAAUGGGAACUAUUUCUUCAAACUCCGUGUUAAACUUUAUGCAUCAGAUGAAGAAGAAUAACAUGUAUGGGAGUGUAAGUAACAUACUAGCUGGUGGAACACAAUUUCUGCUACGAGCUUUCACACUUUUUGAUUAUCAUAAGUUAUUACCCACUCUCUCAGGAUACACACUACACACUGAUAUUGAUUCUUCUGUUCUUACCAAAAUGGUUUUAAACAUGAAAACCAAUGACCAUGCCCAUAAAGAUUCUGCUUCUAUAAUAAAACCAAGUGCCUCAGCCUAUUUCCAAGGGAGCAUGCAGAUAUCAAUUGACAGGUAUAUCCAAUCAAGGCUUGCAAUGAAGACUUCUGGUUUUUUCAUCAUUGACUGGUCCAUCAUUUAUAAAUAUUCACAAUUUCUCAAUCAGAAAUUGGAUUGGGAACAUAAUCUGGAUAUACUGUGGAAAGUUGCAAAACAACAGUUUACUUUUGUAAAAAUUAGGAGUGAUAUCUACCUUCUACACAAUGACUAUGAGGCAAAAAUAAAUGUCCCAGAGAAAGAACAUAAAUAUGUAAAAUGUCUUCCCGAAAUUUAUGCAACAAUUACUGGAAGAAGUCUUUGUGGUCUGUCAAAUUACCAUGCUGCUCCCAACAGUGAUGGUUUUCCAUUUGAUAUUCUGAACUCUUUUAGGUUCGAGGGAACUCUUUUACCAGACGAUGAAAAUCUGAAGAUGUAUUCACUUCAAGUCCAAUGGUAUAAGAGAACUGGUCAUCAUAUUUUUAUGAAACUGGAUGGAUCAGGUAAAGAUUUAUCCCGACAAAUUAACAUUGAGAUUAAGACAGAUGAUCUGACUGGUGCCAUAGAUCUGACUUGUCAGGUACCGGAUGCUUCCAUCAGUUAUAUGUUUGGAUACAACCGUUUUAACAAUGGCUCACAUUAUAAUUAUACUCUGGCCUCUGUGCUGAGACAGGAAAGCAAAACAUUGAACUCUCUAAUAUUUGAGAAAUUUGGAUAUCACAGGAUAAAGAAUGGGAUAUUGCAGUUUAAUAAUACGGUGGUUUUUCAAGAAAUUGAGCAAACAUUCCAUCUUAAUGUUAGUCUAGGAGUUUUGUCUGUGGAUUUCAAAGUGAUAGAUAGCAUACCCAUUCCUACAAACCAUGUUAAGGAUAUAGUCUUGAAAUAUUAUUGUGAGCCAAUACUCAGGCUAUUUUACCAGCUACACCCUUCUCCUCAAACUGCUGAAGUCAGUGACCACACAUCAGCAUUUUCAUUACAUUUAGAGAUGAGUGACUCUCAAACACCUUUGGAAAAAACCUGGAAAGCCUUCUUCAAAAGCAUCUUAUUAUUGCCAGAUCACAACAUAACACAAACAACAGAAAUGAUUGCAGACACAAAAGCAGCUGAUAGAUUUACCAAUGUGACAUGGACUCAUAGGGACAAACAGGACUUCUACCAAAUGUACUCCCAUGUUUCCAAUGUGUCAAGCCCAGGCCACAUGAAAUACAACUAUAGUCUUCAUCUUGUUAACAAAGAAAAGUUUGAUGUGCUGUUGCAUGGUCAGGUCAUGGAAUCAGAGCCUAAGCCAUUAAAAAACUUGUUGAUUCAUUGUGACAUCAUCUAUGAAUGUUUAGAUAAAAGAUGCCAAAAAAAGAAUACUCAAAAAUUAAGCAAAAUAGAAAAACCCUUUGGGAGCAAUGAACAUAAUAAAAUAACAACAUCAGAGACCAAUAAACUUCAUAACAAAAAGAAGGUUCCAUUCUGGUUUUCACCCAAAUGGAGUUUAGGCAUUGAUUUUGAGGUGAAAAAGCAAUUUUACAAAGUAGGAGGAAAGAUAGCUGGACUAGAGUUUCAGUGGUUGGGUGAAGUCAAGGCUCCUAGAGAUGGGGACACUCAACUGCUCACAAAUGGAACUGUGUUCAUGGGGCAGAGAAAGUGGAUAAGUGGCUUCAUAUCAGACAACAUAUAUGAUUUGAACUUUAACUGGCAUGUAGAUCACAUGAUCACUCCAAAGGUGAUUUAUCACCAGCACAACUGGACCCUGAUAGAAAGACGGGAUCAUACCCUGGACAGGUCUUUCAACUUUCGUCUAGAUUUUGAGCACUACCAGCAUUUUGAGUAUGAUGUUUUACUCAAGUCACCCAGAACCAACUUUACACAUCAUAUAAACUACACCAAGGUUUCUGAGUUCAAUCAUAUUGUACGUGCUCAUGCUUUGUUGCACUCUAAUAUUCCUAACUUUGAUUUAAUAUAUCACGAGUCCAGUGAUGUUAAUAGCACUGACCUGAUAACAAAAAUGAACAUGAGCAACACAUUUGUGAACUAUUUGAUUCUUCUCAAGAAGCACAAUGAUGUCAAUGGUAUGAAGAUUUUAGGGGAUGUAAUCGUGGAAGGAAAGAGUCUAUCAUUGCUUGGAAAUAUCAAGUUGGCAGCCUCAGUUAGUUUGAAAAAAAAUCAGCCUCCAAAAUUUGCUCUAACACUCCUGUACAGUGAUGAUUCUGGAUUCCAACUACAAUUUACUGUAAUGAGACCUACAAAAGUACAGGUUGAAAUGAAGGCAGUAUCACCUGACGGAAACUUGACUGAAACAAAUAACCUUUUAACUGGCACUGUGGAGGUGACUGGGGGUCAAACUUUGACCCUUGCCCUACAUUUGUCUGACCAGAUUCUACAGCAAAGUCACCAGGUUGAAGAGUUGCUGCUCAGAAAACUCAGCACUGAUGUCACCUAUUUAGGUCAGAUGUUAGCUUAUAACAUAAGGGCAGAGUUCAAGGACAAAAUCAUACCUUUUAUAAAUCAGAGCUUUGAAGGCCUUGUAAAAACCAAGCUUCAUUGUGCAUCAAGAACAGGCAUGCCUCCACUGUGCAAGCUAGGCCUUGGGUUGGUAGAUAGCUUGAAUAAGAUUUGGUCAAACUUACCUUCAGUUCAAUUCAUCAAAUCAAGCCAAGUUGAUGAAGGCCUAGCUUCUGCUGCAGUCACACUCUCAAAGAUGUUGUCCCAGUUAACUCUACACCCGCCCUACUUCGCUCGCCAGUUUGCAAAGGCCUAUGUUUACCCAACUCUACAGACAGUCAGGACAACUAAAAAUAUCACAUUCUCUGCUCCACUGUACUUUGUUUCACCAUUGUUUUCAAGCACACAAGGGAAACCAAAUAUAGUGAUGAUAAAAAAAGAAAUACAAGGAGUGAUGGAUCGCAAAGUAAAAAAGGAUGUUGGUGUUAUUAUGGAUGGAUACAGAAUCAAAACGUUUGAUGGCAAUGUUUAUGAUAUACAAGGUCCUCCACACACAAGCUGUACAUAUUUACUUGGAGCAGAUUUCAGACAUGGCCAGUUUGGGUUACUGUACACUAAAGAUGGUUUAACUGCAUUAACAAGAAAAUAUGGCAUCACUCUAGCCAGGGAUGGUACUAUUGCUUCCAUAGGUCAUGAAGUUAUCAAUCAUAUUCCUUACACGGAUUCCGAUGGUCAGAUUUCUCUUGCUUUACAUGAUGGAGAGCUCCACCUAACACUUAGGUCUGGACUAGCUAAAGUGGUUUUCAAUCUAAACCAUGAUUUUUACAUUAUCACAUUGGACAGAAUUCUAAACAAUGCUUCAUUGGGUUUGAUGGGCACCAACAAUAAAGAAAUAGGCGACGAUUUUGUUUUGUACAACGGAAGUAUGGCUGAAGAUGUGAUCAGCUUACAGAACAGUUAUGAACUGACACAGAAUGAAAAAUGUACCAUCAACAGCUCUCAGACCUCAACAAUUUGUAAUGGGUCUGCUGAAAAUAUUUGUCAAAGUCUCACUGAUCUAAAUUCAACUUUCAUGCCAUGUUUCACGGCUCUGGACCCACAACCAUUUCUUCUUCAGUGUCAUACAGCUAUUUGUCAAGGUAAAUCUGGGUGUAGCAUAAUAAAUGCUUAUGUUACUGCAUGCCUGUAUAAAGGAAUCCAGAUCAGCUUGCCACAGACUUGCAAAUGUUUUAAGAAAUCUGGAUUGGAUAUUGUUUUUGUAAUGUCUCUGCACCAUUCAACAUUCCAUAAGCAAUUCAUUCCAAGCCAGUUACUAAAAAACAUGACUCACUUGGAUUUAAAAGUUGGCAUUGUCACUUUUGGUGGAGAGGGAGAAUGGCAAAAUCCUAAAUCUCAUAUUUGGAAUGGAAAGAUCAUGGACACAGUGAAAGUGUCCUCUCACUUCAUGAGACUGAAGGUGAGGCAGGGCUGGACACAAACCUCAGCAGACUCCGCUCUGUUAAUGGCCAGUCAGUAUCCCUUCAGGGAUGGCGCAACUAAGGUCAUCUGUCUCUUGUCUAAACAAGAGUCAGCUCCAGUGGACAACCAAGCAGUUUUAAGCACUCUACAGAAAAGAUCCAUCACUUUUGUGUCAGCAUCCACCUACAGGGACCUGUCCUCUAACCACAUUGUUGGUGUUUCAGCUGGUGGUAGAGUCAUUGGAGAGAACCAGACAUUCCCAGCUCCAGUGGAUACCUACAGCAACAUUGUGUUGGCCACAGGAGGGAUGUGGCUGGACCUGGACACAAUGCAGCAUGACAAAAAAACUGGAAUCAAAGAUGUGGUCUAUGAGUUUGAGCAGCUCAUGAACAAAAUGGAGCCUGGAUGUCCCCCACCAGUUUAACUAGCUUUUUUCUUUAUGUAUUCUGAGUCCCCCAUCUACUUGUAUUC